AUGAAAUGGUUGUCUGAAAACCUUUAGAUAAAUCUUCCUUCAUCGCUUUCUUACAGACAAACUUUUUGUUCCAAUUUUUCAUUAGUUAAUUCACAUUUAAGGAACCAGUUUUCAAUCCUUAUUUUACAAAGCCAAAGUUGUUGUCCAAAUUGUAACGAAGAAUAACAAGGGGGAAAAUGAGGAGCGAUGAUGGGAGAGGAGCUUUUUCAGAGAACAAUUCCGACACGGAAAGCAUAGCAAGUGACAGGGCGGCGUUUAGUGGACCUUUGGUUUUAGGCGGCGGCGCUGUAUCUAAAAAAAGAGCUUCGAAAAAGAGUGCAAGAUUCAACCUUCAACCGGAAAUCGCCAUGGCCAAGACUAACUCAGGGGCCAGCGCUGCUGGUUUCGCCGACGCAACUGACAAUGACGACGGUUACGUCGAAAUCACCCUCGAUAUCCGAGACGAUUCCGUGGCGGUUCACAGUGUUCAAGGCGCCGGUGGUGGAAGCGAAGACCCAGAGUUGGCUUUGUUAGCUAAGAAAACACUGGAAAACAAGUCGGCUUCAUUCCGUUCAUAUUUGUUGAGGAACACGUCGAAUCAAAUUAAACAAGUUUCUCAGGAACUGAAACAAGUCCUUUCGAGAAGACCAUCUAACGCCGGCCGGAGAUUCGAUAGGACCAAAUCGGCGGCAGUUCAUGCCUUGAAAGGGCUCAAGUUUAUCACCACCAAAACAGGGGCCUCCGGCAAUGGAUGGUCUGCCGUCGAGAAUCGAUUCAAUAACUUGACCGCCUCUACAAAUGGCAUUCUUCACCAAUCCCAAUUCGCCGAAUGCAUCGGAAUGAACCAGUCUAAAGAAUUCGCCAUUGAGCUGUUUCAAGCGCUUGCUCGGAGACAUAAUGUAACCGGUGACUCAGUCAAUAAAGUCCAACUCAAACAGUUUUGGGAUCAGAUGUCUGAUGAAAGCUUUGACUCUAGACUUCAAACUUUCUUUGACAUGGUUGACAAAGAUGCUGAUGGAAGAAUCACUGAAGAAGAAGUCAGGGAGAUUAUCAGUCUCAGUGCUUCUGCAAAUAAACUUUCAACGAUUCAGAAACAAGCUGAAGAAUAUGCAGCUUUGAUCAUGGAAGAACUUGAUCCAGAUAAUGCUGGAUACAUCAUGAUUCAUAACCUGGAAACUCUCUUAUUACAAGCUCCGAAUCAAUCAGUUAGGGUCGGGGAUAGUCGGAUUCUAAGUCAAAUGUUGAGUCAGAAACUCAAGCCAACUCAAGAGAACAACCCAUUAAAAAGGUUGUAUCAGAGAACUAAGUACUUCAUAUUGGAUAACUGGCAAAGGAUCUGGGUUAUGAUGUUGUGGCUUGGAAUUUGUGGGGGCUUAUUUGCGUAUAAGUUCGUGCAGUAUCGGAACAAGGCCGCUUUCGAUGUCAUGGGAUACUGUGUUUGCGUUGCCAAAGGAGGUGCAGAGACUCUUAAAUUCAAUAUGGCCUUGAUUUUAUUACCAGUGUGUCGAAACACCAUAACUUGGCUUCGGAACAAGACUAAAUUAGGCGUUGUUGUUCCUUUCGAUGAUAACCUGAACUUCCACAAGGUUAUUGCGGUUGGGAUUACGGUUGGGGUGAUCCUACACGGAGGUGCACAUUUGACCUGCGACUUCCCGCGGCUACUUCAUGCCACAGAAGAACAAUAUGAGCCCAUGGAACCUUACUUUGGGGAGGAGCAACCUACAAGCUACUGGUGGUUUGUGAGGGGAGUGGAAGGUGUAACAGGCAUUAUAAUGGUGGUCCUAAUGGCCAUUGCCUUCACACUAGCUACUCCUUGGUUCAGGCGAAACAAACUGAACCUUCCCAAGUUCCUUAAGAAGCUCACUGGAUUUAAUGCCUUCUGGUAUUCCCAUCACCUUUUCGUUAUCGUCUACGCUCUCCUCAUCGUUCAUGGUUAUUAUCUCUACCUCACUAAGACAUGGCAUCAAAAAACAACAUGGAUGUAUGUAGCAGUGCCUGUUGUUCUUUACGCCUGCGAAAGGUUAACUCGAGCAUUUAGAUCAAGUAUCAAGGCAGUUAAAAUUCUCAAGGUUGCUGUAUAUCCUGGAAAUGUAUUGUCGUUGCACAUGUCAAAACCCCAGGGAUUCAAAUAUAAAAGUGGGCAAUACAUGUUUGUCAAUUGCUCUGCAGUCUCCCAAUUUGAAUGGCAUCCAUUCUCCAUAACUUCAGCACCCGGAGACGACUACCUCAGUGUUCAUAUUCGAACUCUGGGUGAUUGGACAAGGCAGCUCAAAACUGUUUUCUCUGAGGUUUGUCAGCCUCCACCUGCUGGAAAGAGUGGACUGCUCAGGGCAGAAGGAGCCAACACUAGCUUUCCGAAGAUUUUGAUCGACGGUCCAUACGGAGCACCGGCACAGGACUACAAGAAGUACGAUGUCGUCCUCCUGGUGGGGCUCGGAAUCGGAGCCACCCCAAUGAUCAGCAUUGUCAAGGACAUCAUCAACAACAUGCAGAUGGAAGAGGGUUCAUAUCCAGGAUCAAGUUUAGAGAAUGGGAAUUACAAUCCCAAAAACAAGAAUAGCAACAGCAAAGGGUUCAAAACACAGAAAGCCUACUUUUACUGGGUCACAAGGGAGCAGGGCUCAUUCGAGUGGUUCAAAGGGAUAAUGAACGAAGUAGCCGAAAUGGAUGAGAAACGGGUGAUAGAGCUCCACAACUAUUGCACCAGCGUUUACGAAGAAGGCGACGCUCGAUCGGCCCUCAUAACCAUGCUUCAGUCGCUUCACCACGCCAAGAACGGCGUCGACGUCGUCUCGGGGACUCGAGUCAAAUCACAUUUCGCAAAGCCAAACUGGCGUCAAGUUUACAAAAAGAUUGCCUUACACCAUCGUGACGCUAGAAUUGGAGUUUUCUACUGUGGGGCACCCGCACUCACCAAGGAGUUGAGACAAUUAGCAUCGGAUUUCUCACACAAAACCUCAACAAAGUUCGAAUUCCAUAAAGAGAACUUUUAACAAUUCCUCUAUUACAUUUUUUCCAUACAUUUCUAAUUCAUUAGUUUCAAGUGAAUAUAUAUUUCUUUUCUUUUCCA